CCCCGUCAGUUCAAUUGACUGUUGUAUAGCGCACGAGCAAGUGUUGGGGGGGUGGGGGGGUAGAGCAGGGCAACCUGCGUAGUCCUUCCCCCCAGUCCAAUCAAUGUCGUUAAUAAUCGUUACCUUUCCUCACUGCUCUGCUUCCACUUCUCCUGCUGCUCCUCCUUCCAGGUGAUUUUGGGUCUGCAAUGCUGUCAUUUCCCUCCAGACAGCUCUCUCUAGCAUCCCCACAAUGCGCUCCGGUGAUCUAUUCCUCCUCUCUCGCCGUCUCCCAACCCCUCGGUCCCUAUAGGCCCACCAUUUCCCCUCUCUGCAAGCCCCGCCUUAGGUGCCUCACCAUCCGAUCAAUCGACGCAGCUCAGCCCUACGACUACGAGUCCCACCUCCAAUCCAAGUUCCACCGCUCCAACUCCCUCAAGAUCGCCAUCCUCGGGUUCGGCAAUUUCGGCCAGUUCCUCGCCAAGGCCUUCGUCAGGCAGGGCCAUACUGUCAUCGCACACUCGAGGUCGGACUAUGGAGCUGUUGCGAAGAGGCUCGGGGUUACAUUUUAUUCCGACCUGCACGAUCUAUGUGAGCAACACCCGGAAGUCGUGGUGCUCUCUACUUCAAUUCUGUCCAUGGAGAAGGUGCUGAGGUCGAUCCCUUUGCAGAGACUGAAGAGGAGCACCCUUUUUGUUGAUGUGCUCUCCGUGAAGGAGUUUCCUAGGACUUUGUUCAUGAAGGUUCUGCCCGAUGAAUUUGACAUUCUUUGCACGCAUCCGAUGUUUGGCCCAGAGAGUGGUAAGAACUCAUGGGCGGGGCUCGCUUUCGUGUACGACAAGGUCAGGAUCGGAGAAGAUGAGUUAAGAAUCAACAGGUGCGAGAAGUUCUUGGACAUUUUCGCUCGAGAAGGCUGCAGAAUGGUCAAGAUGCCCUGCUCCGAGCACGACAAAUAUGCGGCUGGGUCCCAGUUCAUUACCCACACUAUGGGGAGGAUGUUGGAGAAGUUCGGUCUGGAGUAUACCCCUAUCAACACGAAAGGAUACGAGACCCUUUUGGAUUUAGUGAAGAACACUUCUGGGGAUAGUUUCGACCUUUACUAUGGACUGUUCCUUUAUAACAAAAAUGCACUGGAGCAGCUGCAGAGGUUGGAUAUGGCCUUCGAGUCCCUUAAGAUGGAAUUGUUUGGGAAUUUGCAACAGAUUUACAGGAAGCAGUUGUUCAGUGAUGCAGAAGAGGAGACCGUUCAGGUAAGGUGGUCGGAGAGCCGAUCUGUGGCACCAAAGCUGCUUCACGAAGGUGCUCCUCCUGCCGCUCCUGAAGCUGCUUCAGAGACUGUUGCUUGAAAAGGAUUGUGAAGCAGGUGAUAUAAUUUUACUUUUUAGGUAGUCAUUAUUUUCUAAUUAUCAUUGCCAUGUAUCCAUGAUGCCCAUUUCUUAACCUGCGCGAUGAAGAGCUGCUGGUGGAGUUGAUAUCGUAAGAAGAAAAAAAUAUUUUGGGUUCUUAAUAAUCGAUGAUAUAAAUUCUUAUGAAUGAAGCUGAUAAAAUGAAAAUAAAUUGGUUC